UGGGCUGAGCCGCCCGCGUUCUCGCCUCCGAUCCGUCUGAAUCCGAGCAGUCACUCGUCGCUUCUCCACUUAGCUCGCUAGCUGUGUAUUUUCUCCUGACAAGACGCCGGUUGUCCAGAAACAUAUCAGGGUCCUUUUUGUGAGCAACACUUUUUCUCCCUCACCCCUUUUCCUUUUUUGUAAAAAAUAAUUUUGGUGAGUCGAGAAAAACUUCACCAUCACAGAGCUGCAACUUGUUGUUUUGAUGGUCUGGGGUCAGUCUGUACCCUAUGACGGAAAGCCUUGUGGGUCUAACGGAUCACAGGAAGAAACAUGAGCACAGCCAAGCCCAGUGGGAUCAAAGGGCCCAGCAAGAUAGGAAGACCCCCAGGAGCCCCCAAGACCAACCCCAGUACAGCUAAAGUUAAUGCGGCCGACAAAUCCGAUGCAAAUGGCGGCGAAGGAGAAGCAGAGGGUGCUGGGGAGAGCUUCCAGAUAGGGGACCAUGUGUGGGUAAAUGGGAAUAAACCAGGCCACAUACAGUUUUUGGGAGAGGCACAGUUUGCCCCAGGACAGUGGGCCGGGAUUGUUCUAGAUGAGCCAAUUGGGAAGAAUGAUGGGUCAGUUGCAGGGGUGCGCUAUUUCCAGUGUGACGCCCUGCAAGGAAUAUUUACCCGGCCAUCAAAGUUGUCUCUCACAGAAGGGGAGGCUAAUGGCACUCAGACGGCACCGCCCUCCCGCGCUGCGUCACCCACUCCUUCAGUUGGCAGCGUAGCAUCACAUGCACCUGCCAAGAAAUCAACAUUACCUUCAACGACCACGACAACCAAGAAGGCCUUCUCCACGACGCCAGCUCCGCCGGCUACACCACCCUCCAACCUUGUACGCGCAAACAGUGAAUCCCUCUCCAACCUCUCCGAGACUGGAUCAGUCAAGAAGGGGGAAAGGGAACUGAAGAUGGGCGACCGAGUAUUGGUUGGUGGUACAAAGGCAGGAGUGGUACGUUUCCUUGGAGAAACAGAUUUUGCUAAAGGCGAUUGGUGUGGCGUGGAAUUGGAUGAGCCCUUAGGAAAGAAUGACGGGGCAGUGGCAGGAACAAGAUAUUUUCAGUGCCAACCCAAGUAUGGCUUAUUUGCUCCAGUGCACAAAGUCACACGCAUUGGCUUCCCUUCCACCACACCAGCCAAAGCAAAACCAACGGUUCACAAAGUAGUAGCUACACCACCAGGACUAAAGCGAAGCCCGAGUUCCUCCUCCAUCAGCACCAUGAGUUCUGUGGCCUCCUCGGUCAGCGCCAAGCCCAGCCGUACAGGCCUGCUAACGGAGACAUCUUCACGUUAUAAUCGCAAGAUUUCCGGCACCACAGCCCUGCAGGAGGCGCUGAAGGAGAAGCAGCAGCAUAUUGAGCAGCUAAUGGCUGAGAGGGACAUGGAGAGAGCUGAAGUUGCCAAGGCUACUGGCCAUGUUGGAGAGAUGGAGCAGGAGAUUGGCAUGCUCCGGGAUGACCAGGAGCAGAUGGAGACCAAGAUGGAUCAGUUACGUGCCUUGGUAGAAGCUGCAGACAAUGACAAAGUCAACCUGCUGAAUCAGCUGGAGGAGGAGCGGAGGAAGGUGGAGGACCUUCAGUUCCGCGUAGAGGAAGCUUGCAUCACCAAAGGAGACCUGGAGACGCAGACCAGACUGGAGCAUGUCCACAUUAAGGAGCUUGAACAGAGCCUACUCUUUGAAAAGACCAAAGCUGAGAAACUCCAAAGAGAGUUAGAAGACACUAGGGUUGCCACUGUGUCAGAAAGAUCCCGUAUUAUGGACCUUGAGAAGGAUCUCUCUCUGCGUACAAGAGAGGUAGCCGACCUGCAGCUGCGUCUUGCGACCCAACAAGGCUCCGAGGACUCAGACUCGACUCUUUCUCCCCUUCUGGAGGAGAUAAACUCCCUGAGAGAUCAGUUGGCUACCCACGUAGUUAAGCAGCAAGAAGACCUAACAAAGUACAAGGAGAAGCUCGACGCUCAAGAAAAGGUCCACAGCGAGGCCGCCGUCCUUCUGCAGGCCACAUCUGUAACGCUCUCUGGUGACAACGAGCAGUUGCAGAUGCGCGUAAGCCAGGCUGAGAAGGAGAAUUCUGAUAUUGUUGAACUGUCGCGUUCCAAGUUGGAAGCGGUUAUUGCCUCUCAUCAGCAAGCCAUGGAAGAUCUGAAGGUGUCCUUCAGCAAAGGGGAAGGUGCCCAGACGGAAGAACUUAUCGAAACCAAAAGUGCACUGGCGAGUCUGAAAAUAGAGCACAAGGUGGCUCUAGAGGAGGCUGGAGCCAAGCAUGAGGCUGAGGCCGCAGUGUUGACCCGUGAGAUGCAGGCACUGAAGGCACAGCUGUAUUCUUCGAUUGAAGACAACGAAAGACUGGAAGAGUCACUCCGGUCCAGCGUUGACAAAGCAGAAGAGCAGCACCUUGUGGAGAUGGAGGACGUUCUUGGAAAACUCCAUAAUGCUGAACUCGAGGUGAAGGACCUCGAGGAGAAAGAAGCAAUGUUGGCACAACAGGUCCAAGACGAGGACAAGGAAACCAAAAAGCAGAUUUCAGAAAUGGUGGCUCUGCGCAGCCAAGUAGCGCAAGGUAACCAGGAGCUUGUGACCCUGAAGAGUCAAUUGGAGGUGGUUCAGAGCCAAGGGAGCAACCAGGGAGCCAAGGUCAGUGAAUUGAACUCCCAGUUGGAGGGCCAACAGCAAGAAGUCCUCACUUUGCAGCAGAGUCUGACCACUGUCCAGCAGGAGAAGGAUGCCCUGGAAAAGGAACUCGGAGGCCUGAAACAAAGGUUGGCUGAAAGCACAGAGGAGCAGACUUCAUCAUCAAACACUAUGCAAGAAACACUUAAGAAGCUCAGUAAGAAGGAGGAGCAGUGCACAUCCCUGAGCACAGAAUCAGAGUCACUAAGAAGUCUACUUUCCGGGCUCGAGAGGAAGCUGAAGGCUGCAGAUGAAAAGCUUGAGCAGCUCUCAAAGGACAAAUGCAAGCUAGAAAGUGAUAUUUCCGACAUGAUGAAGACAUCUGGUGAUAGUUCUGUACAGCUGACCAAAAUGAAUGAUGAUCUCAUACAGAAAGAAAGGAGACUUGAGGAGUUACAGAGUCAACUAUCAGAGGAGAAGGAGAAGGUGGCACACUCGAAUGAUCAACUCCAGCAGGAACAAUCCCGCAAAGAGCAAGAGCUGACGGGGACCAGAGAUGCCCAUCAGGCUCGGAUAAGUGGCCUCCAGGAGAAGAUUGCUCACUUGGAGAAGACUGUCAGACAGGGGGAGGCCCUGGUUGAGGAACUUCAGGCCUCACAAGAGAAAUCCACCUCUCAGGUUUCCGAGCUUCAUGUGAAGGAACUUGAGGUUCUGCAGAGUCAAGUUGACGAGUUGAAGCGAGAGCUUUCCUCCAACCGCGACACAAACCUGGAGCUUGAGAAGUUGGUGUCGGAGCUGCAGCUAUCCAAGGAACAGGCUGAGUGUCUUUCUGCUGAGCUUGACGCCAACAAGCAUGAUGUUGAACGUUUGACAAAAACACUGGAAAAGCAGAAUCUAGAUCUGGAAAAUACAUGCAAAGAAAGUGAAGAUGUUAAGGCUGAGAAAAGUAAACUGCAGACUAAGCUCUCUGCCCUUGAGAUUAGUCACCAGGAGCUUUCAGUCCAGAAUGAAGAACUGCUAAUAACUAAAGAUAAGCUAUCAAAAAAUGUGGAGCAACUACUUGCCAACAACACGUGCUCGGAUGAAGAAAGGAUUUCAUUAAACAAGGAACUGGAGAAGCUCAACAAUCUUCUUCAGGAAGUACAAACUGAAGGCAAAAACCUGAAGCAUGCCAAAGGUGAAUACCAGGCCCAGAUUGAGGAGUUAGAAAGACACAAUGCAGAGAAGACUGACUUGCUCCUUAAGUGUCAGCAGGACAUCAAGCAAAUUGAGACUAAAAAGAAGCAACUACAUGAGGAUUAUGAAAAUGUCUGCAAAGAGAAGAACCGGCUUGAAGAUGACUUCAAUGAAAGCAGGUCGAAGCUCACAUGUGAGAAGGACAAUCUAAUUCUAGAGAGAGAUUCCAGUAGAAAUGCCAAAAAAUUGCUUGAUGCUAAGAAUGCUGAUUUGCAGGCCAAACUUAAAUCCUUAAACUUAGAAAAAGAAGAUCUUACAUUGAGUAACUCCCGGCUGCAGGCCCUAACAGAAACACUGACGAAAGAAAAGGUGGGGAUGUCUUCUGAAAUCAGUGCUGCUCUGUUGGAUAAAAAGAGCCUUGAGACGGUGAAGGAGGAGCUCCAGAAUAAGCUCAGCGCUACCAAGAAGGAUUUGGAGAGCUCUGUUCGUGAAUGUGACGAACUGAAAGCCUCCAAAAUGAGCCAGGCUCAAAUGCUUGAAGAGUUCAAGACGAGCAGUAAGGUGACUGAUUCUGAGAGGCUUCAGCUUCUGCAGGAGAAAGAAGACUUCCUUGCAAUGCAAAGAAAAGUCUCUCAUGAGAAGGAAGAGCUCCUCAGAGAGAUGGAAGAAAUAAAGGAGAAGUUUCAAGUCUCAACAGAACAACUGUCAAAGGCCAAAGAGAAAUCUAAAGAAGCAUCAUCUUCUUUUGAGCAAGAGAAGCAGGCACUUUGCCUUCAGAAUGCCGAAAUUGAGAUGGCUUUACAUGUUAUACGAAAAGAAAAGAUGAGCCUUGAUUCGGCUCUAGAGCAGCAGAAAAUGGAUUAUGAGCGUUUGUCAGGGGAGACGAGAGAAUUGGAAGAGAAGCACACAAAAACCAUAUCUGAGAAUAAUGCUCUUUCUCUUGAGCGUGAUAAGCUAACUAGUAAUAUUCGAACCGAUAAGGACCAGUUGGAUUGUUACUCAAGAGCUAACGACGUCUUUGAUCAGGAGAAGUCUCAUUUAACGACGAUGCUGGAGGAAACCAAACGGCAAAACCACGACGUUGAAGCAGAGAUGACCUCUUUGAAACGAGAGAAGGCGGAGCUCCAAAGUGAGCUGCAGAAACGAACCUUUGAUAUUGAAAUUCUUGAAAAGGGCAAAGCUGAACUUGUUGAAAAGCACAGUACACUAAACAAGGAUUUUGAGAAUGCUAAUUCAGAACUUGUCCAACAGGUCGAUAACCUGACAAAAGAUUGUCAGCGUCUGCAGUUGUUGCAGACCGUAGCGGACAGUAAAGUACCGUCCUUCCUUCAAGAGAUCCAGGAGUUAAAAUGUCAGACUGAAUCGAUGUCGGGGGCCAAGCACCUUCUUGAAACCCAGUUACAGGCCGAGUCCAGUGAACGAAAUAAAGUUAUACUCGACAAGGAUGAUCUAUCCAAACAAAACGAGGAGCUGCAGAGAUUGUUGUCCAAAGUCACACAAGAAAAUAAAGAGAUUUGUUCGAACCUAAAGAAUGCUGAUGAGCAAAAGAAGGCUUUUAAGAUGGAUAUGGAGGCUGUGAAGACUCAAUUGAAGCAGCGAGAGCAGGAUACUUGUCAGUUGAUGGAAGAUAAAGGGCAGCUGUUCUCUAAGCUCGAAGAAAAAGCCAAACAGAUGACCGUCCUGACCACAGAGAAGGAAGACCGUGUAGCUGAACAGUGUAAAUUGGAGCAGAACAUUUCUUCUCUCCACACGAGCCAAGAGCAGUGGCUGGUGGAGCGGUCGAGACUCCUCGGAGAGAUGGAGAACUUGCACGCUACCCAGAAGGAACUGGAGGUCGACGUCAAGAGCCUACGAACUGUAAAAGAAGUUUUAGAAAUGCAAUGCAAGGAUGCUGCCGCGGAGGUUUCGGCCUCUGCCGUUGUGAAGGAAGAGAUUUCCUCCGGCAUCUCGAACCUAACGGCUGAGAAAGGAGCGCUGCAGGUGGAGAGGGAUGAAGCCACCCAGAAAGUCAGGCAGCUGGAGUCCCAACUCAAAAAUGCAAUUUCUAAGCAGCUUGAGGCUACAGACGCCUCUGAUAAGACUUCUGAGACCCUCGAUCAGCUGACGAAGGAGAACGCCAGUUUGAUGGAGGAGAAGAACAAAACCCAAUCUUCAUUGGAUGAAGUCCUGAGCUCCAAGCAGAAGAUGGAGGCACAGCUGAAAACAUUGAAGAACAAUAUCUCCAAAUACGAAGAAGAUAUGAAUGUUUGCAAAGAGCAACUUUGCAUAGAAACGGAGAGGACUGAGAGUCAAUGCCUUGAGAUUGAGGAGCUUAAAGCAGCGGUUUCUGUGAAGACGCAGUCCCUGCAGAAGCUGCAGGAUGAUAAAAACAAGCUGACGCUGGAGAGCGAUAACGAUGACAAAUCCCGGAGUGAUCUUGCGAAGCUCAAGGAUGAGCACUCGAAACUCAAAAAACAGUUGAAGCAAAGUGCGAGCACCUUGAAGGAGCAGUUCGACAAGGAGAAGGCCGUCCUCCAACACGCCAUCCAAAAAAACAGUGCCUUAAUAUCAGAAAAGGACCAGCAGGUGGAAAACCUGAAGACUGAGCUGGUUGGGCUGCGUGGGGAAGGUGACUCCGUUAAGGGGACCAUUCAGGCCUUGGAGCGGGACAAGUUGAAUCUACAGGACCGAGUUCAGAGACUGGAGAAGGACCUGGCUGCUGGGCCUGGUGCCAUCAACACGUCCUCAGAUGAUGCCGUUUUGGACCAAUUAAGGGAGGCUAAGGAGACUUCUGAGAGUCAGGCAGCGGUUUGUGAAUGUUUUUCAUCAGCUUCACUUGUGCAUGUUUGUCUCUCACUGUCACUUUGGCUCGUAUGUUUCGUCCAGUUGAUCACAAUUGAGUUCCUGAAUUCAGUCAUCAUUGACCUCCAGAAGAAAAAUAUAGAACUCAAGGAAAAAUUGGAGAUAAUGGCGGCUGCUGCUCUCAAUGGGAAUAGUCCAAGUGGGCUGGACAACUACGAUGGCCAUGACAAGGAACCCCCGAAGAAGAAGCUUCCACCGAGGCUGUUCUGUGACAUCUGCGACUGCUUCGACCUCCACGACACCGAGGACUGUCCGACGCAGAUGCAGAUGCCCGACUCCCCUCCGCACACCGCCUACCACGGCAGUAAGGGUGACGAUCGGCCAUACUGCGGCAUCUGUGAGGUCUUUGGCCACUGGACCGAUUCCUGUAAUGACGACCAGACCUUUUAAGCCUUUUUCCACCCCUUGUUCGCACAAUCAAUAUUUUUGCACAUUGUUGGAUUACCGCUGGGGUUUUGGGGUGUUGGUUUGUACGUGUGCGUUUCAUGUGCUUGCUUUUGCCAAGCGUCUUCAUUGUCCUUACCAGUCCUUAAGCGCUCUUAUGGGAGAAUGGGCCCAGAAUCUCUACAGAGAAAAAGUCAGGCCGACAACAUACAGAAAAGUAAUAUACAGCCGUUAACAAUUUGUAAUCGUAAAUGAUUUUGGAGCAGAAUGUUAUAUCUUUGGUUUGUGUGAGUGAGGGGAUGCUGCAAGGUGGAUGUAUCAUUAAUUUAUCAAUUACCUAACAUUGUUUGCACAGCUUGUUGGGGAGUAAGUAAGAUGAUAUAGUGUCGUGAGAAAGUUUAUUUGAAACUGUAAAUUACUUGAUUAAAAAAGAAUAUCAGCUAAGCGCAAAAAUUAGUGAGCGAUAGUUUAUUUUUUUAUGCCUGGAGAUACUCUGGACUCUUUCCAGGUUUGACGGUAUGAGUGUUAUUUUGUGAAUGUUGAUCACAGGGGGGAGAUUGUUCUCCCUCUUGUCUGGAGUGGAGCAGUUAGACCCUCUGCUGUUUGGCUUUAAUAGGAACGUUGAUGGGUGACUCUUGACGAAGCAGUGAAACCUAAAGCACUUCAGAUGUACUGUAAUCCCUCAGUUACAGUGAAACAGCCUCUCCAAAAAGUUUCUUUACAAUUAAAAGAUCAUUUCUGUAUGAAACGAUAAAAUACUUCGGUAUGUCUUUUAAAAAUGCUUUAAAUAUCUGUAAUAAAUUGUUGUAUAAUUAA